GGCCGCCGGCUGCCCGCCGGGUCCUGUCCUGGCGGCCCCGGGCCCUGCGUAGGCCGCGCCGGGCUCGCCGAGAUAUCUGCUGGGCAGUGACCGCGUGCGAGGCUGCGGACACGGGGCACGGGUGGGAGCGACGUCCCUGCCCUCCGGGGGCGCCGGUCUCGGCGGGGCAGGACCCCGUAAACAAGCAGUUGUGCUCCACUGUGGCCAGUGCAGUGAGGGAGGCGUGCGCGGGCCUCCGGGAGGCGCUCAGGGGCCGAUCUGUGAAGGUCUGGGACAGGGAGGCCGUUCCAGCUAAAGGCACGGAGCCUGGAAGUCUCCUGGCCCAGCGGGGAAGUGACUGGACCUAGGCCUGGACCGGGAGCCCGAGCCGGAUCCUUGCCCCGCAAGGACACCAAGCAAAGGGGCUGAACUGUGUCUUGAAAGCAAUGAGGAGUCGUUGACAAUUUCUAAGCAGAAGAGUAUCCUUAAUGACUUUGCUUUUUAGGAAGCCCACCCUGUCGGCAAUGGAGUGGAAGGGUUGGAAAUGCCGACCAGCAUCCAGAAAACCACUGAUGAGGCUUUUGCUGCAAUAGGCUGUGUAUUGUGCCUACCUCCUUCCCUUCUGAACAAGUUUCUUGAAAGACUAGGCUGCUCUUCUGUCUCCAGGUCCUCCUUCCCCUCAGUCUGGCUUCAGCCCUCACCAAAGUCAUCAGUGACUUCCAGAAGCUGUUCAGUCGUUGUCUUUUUGACCUCUGAUGCAUUAACACAAUUGACAUCUCCCAUCUGCCCGAAGGUAGAGCAGAUUGCCCAUAUUAUGCUAAAGCAGAACUUCUGGCAGACUAUUUACAAAAGAACCUUCCUGAUUUUCGGAUACAUAAAAUUACACAGCAUCCUCAUGUUUGGGAGGAGUGGCUGGAACAUUUGUGUGAAAAGAAUAAGUGGAGUCACACAACGUCCCCCAUCAUCUGGAGAGAGCUGCUGGACCGCGGAGGAAAGGGCAUGCUUUUGGGGGGCUAUAACGAGUUCCUGGAGCACGCCCAGCUUUACUACAGCGUCACCUCCAGCAUGACGACCGAGCUGAUGAAGACGAUUGCCCAGGAGAACCUGGAGACACACGUAGAGAAGGAGCUGGAGGGAGAGUCCCUGAAAGGCCUCCUCAGCCCCUUGCAGGUCUGGAUCACCAGUGCAUCUGCUCCUGCCUGCUACAACCUGAUCCCCAUCUUGACCAGCGGUGAAGUGUUUGGAACACAAACGGAACUUAGCAUAGUGCUAUUUGACAGUAAAGAUGCAGAAGAAAAGCUCCACAUCCUCGCGUCGGAGACUCACGACCUGGUGUCGCCCUUCCUCCGGAGCAUCUCCGUCUGCACCAGAGUGCAGGAGGCCUUCCGCCAGGCCCACGUGGUCAUCGUCCUGGACGACAGCACCGACAAGGAGGUGUACACUCUGGAAGAGUGCAUCCGGAGCAGGGUCCCACUCUGUCGGCUCUAUGGGUACCUGAUCGAGAAGAACGCCCAUGACUCCGUCCGAGUUAUCGUGGGCGGAAAGACCUUCGUGAAUCUUAAAACGGUGUUGCUGAUGAGAUACGCCCCAAGCAUCGCACACAACAUUGUCGCCGUGGCGCUGGGGGUGGAGGGCCAGGCCAGAGCUGCGCUGGCCAGGAAGCUGAGGACCACGCCUGCAUCCAUCAAAGAUGUGAUCAUUUGGGGGAAUAUCAGUGGAAACAACUACGUUGAUCUGAGAAAAGCCAAGGUUUACAGAUAUGAGAGUGCUAUUUGGGGCCCUCCAUACUUCUCACGCCCCGUCUUGAGCUUGAUUUUUGAUAGUGAGUGGGUGAACGGAGAAUUUGUGACAACUCUGAGAAAGCUGACGGCCACGGGACAGCAACUUAGAGGCAUGUUAACCGCACACAGCAUCGCCACCACGCUGAAGUACUGGUACCACGGCUCCCCGCCGGGCGAGAUUGUGUCACUGGGCGUGCUGAGUGAAGGCCAGUUUGGUGUUCCUGAGGGAAUCGUCUUCUCUAUGCCUGUGAAAUUUGAGAAUGGAACCUGGAAGGUUCUUACAGAUCUCAAGGAUGUUGAAAUAAGUGAAAAAGUAAUGACCAGAAUGACAAGUGAUCUGAUCCAGGAGAAACUUGUUGCACUUGGAGAUUUGAUAAAUUUUCAGCCGUACCAAUCAGUUUCGCAGGGUUGCCAUAACAAAUUACCACAAACCAGAGGACUUGAAACAACAGAAAUUCAUUCUCUCGUGCUCCUGGAACCGAGAAGACCUAAGCCCAGGUGUCGGCAGGGCUGUGCUCCCUCUGAAGGCUCAGGGACGAUUCCUUCCUUGCCGCUUCUGGCAGCAAAGCUUGGCUUUCUGGGCUGGUGGCUGCUUCACUCCAGUCUCUGCCGCUGUCUUCCCUCUGUGUGUCUCUGUGUUUCCAUCUCUCUCUCUCCUUAUAAGGACACAAGUCACUGCAUUUAGGGUCACCCUUAAUCCAGUAUGACCCCAUCUUCAUUUGAUUAGAUCUGCCAAACCCCUGUGCCAAAUAAGGCCACAGCCACAGGUACCACGGAUUAUGACUUCAACAUAUCUUUUUGGGAACACAGUUCUACUCACAACACUACAUUUGCUGUUAGAUAACUUUUUUUCAGCUAUUUUAUUGAGGUCAUAAUGGUUUAUAAGAUUGUGUAAUUUCAGCUGUACAUUAUUAUUUAUCAGUUUCUGUAUAGACCUCAUUGUGCUCACCACUAGUAGUCUACUUUUUGUCCGUCACUGUACAUAUGUGUCCCUUUACCCCUUUCACCCUCACCCCACCUCCUUCCCCUCCAGGAGCCACUAAUCUGUUCUCUUUAUCCAUGUAUUGGCU